GAACGAGAAAGGACCAAUCCAAGUGGCUCUAUCGAAGUGCUUUUGCGAAGAUAGAGGAAGACAGAAAAAGGAACCUUGCCAAUGAACAUUUAAAGACAAAAAAAAACGUCGCCUUUGGAUUUGGGUAUUUUGUAUCAGAGCUAGGUGAUUAGUAUGAGUUAAAUCUGUGGAUUAUGUUAGCUGAACUGGGGCUGGCAAUGGCCCAAACAUAUUGAAUAGAUCGUUGGGGGAGCGAAACGCGGACAGGCUAGACGUUGUAGUGGGCAUUGUACGGAUAAAGGAUUACUUGCCUACCCAAUAACUGCUCCGUCGUGAAAUACCCCCACCAAAGAUUCGUUAAUGGCUUUUCUGUCGGUGUCUCCGCCGUGUCUGUUUUCCGCCCGUAACACUAUUUUAACAAUUGCGGUCGCAUCGCUUUAGUUUUGCUCCCAAGCCUUACAAUCUACACACCGCCGGCUUUCCUUUAUAUAUAUAUAUAUAUAUAUAUUGUUUAACUACUAAAAGUAGUACAUUGUUACCUCUAGGAUAAUUUUUGCGACCUAAUAAAUAUGGAUUUUAACAGCAGCGGUGGGGGAAACGAGCUACAUAAUAACCAAUUCUAUCAAUCUGAGGAGAGCAAGCCUUUGCUUGGAGAGAUGUCUGCGCCGUUGGAGGGGAAUAAUAAUAAGUUAUGCGCCGGGCCGUGCAAGAGAACCCUGCAACAUUGCAGCAGCGGGAUGCGAUAUAAACUACUACAGGAGGGUGAUAUCCAGGUGUGUGUGGUGAAACACCCUCGAACCUUCCUCAGCAAAAUUCUAACCUCAAAAUUCUUACGGAGAUGGGAACCGCACCACCUCACAUUGACAGACAGCAGCCUGGCGUCUGCGACGCCCACGGGGUACAUGGAGGCUGCCCUGUCCUACAGCACCAUAGAGGACCUGCAGCUGCUCUCCUGGGAUAACGCCCCCAAAUACUGUGUGCAGCUCAGCUUCCCCGGGGGCACCGUCCUCCUGCAGGCAGCCAACAGCUAUCUGCGGGACCAGUGGUUUAAUUCUCUACAGUGGAAGAAAAAGAUCUAUAAGUACCGUAAGGUUCUGAACAACCCAAGUCGCUGGGAGGUGGUUCUGAAGGAGAUCAGAUUGCUGGUGGACAUGGCCCUGACCUCUCCCCUGCAGGAUGAGUCCAUCCACCAGGCCCCGCUGCAAAUCAUCUCCACCCUGCUGGCCGAUAACACCAACCUCAGCACUCAGGACCAUGAGAACAUCAUAGUGGCCAUCGCUCCUCUCCUGGAAAAGAACCACCCUCCACCGGACCUGUGUGAGUUCUUCUGCAAGCACUGUCGGGAGCGUCCACGGUCGAUGGUUGUGAUUGAAGUGUUCACCCCUGUGGUCCAGAGAAUCCUCAAACACAACAUGGACUUUGGGAAGUGCCCCAGACUGCGUCUCUUUACUCAGGAGUACAUCUUGGCUCUAAAUGAGCUCAACGCUGGGAUGGAGGUUGUCAAGAAAUUCAUUCACAGCAUGCAUGGCCCCACCGGGCAGUGCCCUCACCCCCGUGUCCUGCCCAACCUGGUGGCAGUGUGCUUGGCUGCCAUCUACUCCUGCUACGAGGACUUCAUCAACAGCCGGGACAACUCCCCCAGUCUGAAGGAGAUCAGGAACGGCUGCCAGCAACAGAAUGAGCGUAAACCCCCUCUGCCCCUCCGCCUGCUCCGCCCAGAGCCCCUGACACCCGCACCCACAGGGCUGCUGUCCCUCCCCCCUCCCCCCACACUGCCCUUCUCUCCUCCGCCUUCCAUCGUCAACUCCAGUGAGAUCCUGGUGGAGUUGGAACGCAACAACAACACUGCCAACGCCAGGCGGAAGGGCCCAGGGGGAGGCGACAGUGAGCCCAACCUGAUCGACUGUCUGCUGGUCAGCCCCGCCCUCAACGCCCUGUCAAUCCAGCUGCCUGCCCAGGCCGACCGCGUGCUUGGCUGCUUCGCACUCAUCCUCAAAAUGCUGUCUGACUACGAUGACUGGAGACCCGCCCUGGCUAGCUUGCUGCAGCCCAUCCCAUUCCCCAAAGAGGCCCUUGCACAUGCCAAAUUUACAAAAGAGCUAAAAUAUGUUAUUCAGAGGUUUGCAGAGGACCCCAGACAGGAGGUCCACUCCUGUCUGCUCAGUGUGCGCUCGGGAAAGGACGGUUGGUUCCAGCUCUACAGUCCAGGGGGUGUGGCUUGUGAUGAUGAUGGGGAGCUCUUUGCCAGCAUGGUUCACAUUCUUAUGGGUUCCUGCUACAAAACUAAGAAGUUUCUCCUGUCCCUGGCUGAAAACAAGCUGGGGCCCUGCAUGCUCCUGGCUCUGCGUGGGAACCAGACCAUGGUUGAGAUCCUGUGCCUGAUGCUGGAGUACAACAUCAUCGAGAACAAGGACACCCAGCUGCAGAUCAUCUCCACCCUGGAGAGCACUCCGGUGGGCCUGCAAAUGUACGAGCAGUUGUGUGACAGGCAGAGGGAGCUCAAAGAGCUGCAAAGAAAAGGAGGCCCCACCCGACUCACUCUGCCCUCCAAGUCUACGGAUGCAGACCUUGCCAGGCUACUGAGCUCUGGCUCCUUUGGGAACCUGGAGAACCUGAGUCUUGCCUUCACCAACGUCACCAGUGCAUGUGCUGAACAGCUCAUCAAAUUGCCCUCUCUCAAACAGCUAAACCUUUGGUCCACCCAGUUUGGAGAUGCAGGACUGCGGUUACUGUCCGAACACUUGGCGUGUCUGCAGGUGUUGAAUCUUUGUGAGACACCCGUGACCGACGCCGGCCUGCUUUCCCUCAGUUCCAUGAAGAGCCUGUGCAGUUUGAACAUGAACAGCACAAAGCUCACAGCAGACACAUACGAGGACUUAAAGGCCAAACUCCCCAAUCUGACGGAGGUGGACGUCCGCUACACCGAGGCCUGGUGAGCACAUCCUGUGUGACAUGACUAGAACAUCAACUCCCACACCAUCCAAACAUGAGGAUUACCUGAUAUCAACAGAACACAUAGUCUCUCUUACAUCAACAACAAGAGGAUCCUCUCCCAUCUGUAGACGAGGACCCUUUUAUCUGGAGACGACAUCAGAACGCCUGGACCUCUCUAGUAACAUCAUGUCAAACGAGAAUUACUAUCUUUCUGGAGUGACAUCAUCAAAAUACAAGGACCUCCUUUUUAGCGACAUCAUCAAAAAGCAAGGACCCACUUGCUUGUGACACAAGGGACCUUAUCUUUCUCUCUCGUGCGUGGUUUCUCACUCAAUUCCUGUCCACAUCCUAUUUGCCCUCAAUAGACUCCUCAAAGAUUUCUUCAGUGUUGUGUCAAAUGUACACAGAACACCAAGUAAACAAAUGGAUCUUUCUCCCUUCCCUCUCUCCCACUCUCUGAGGACCUUUAUGUUUAAAUGCACUCUCUUCCCUCCAUUUACUGGGAGCUCUUCUAUCCUUGGCGGAUCAAGGUUAGAUAACCAGGUAACAUUCCAGUACACUUUUGAUAUUGCCUCGAGUUCAAUCCAAAUGUAGCUCUAAAAAUGUGUCCAAUUGUCAUUUUGGUCUUGUUUUUUUUGUUUGGGUUCUUUCAGGUUCAGAUUCUGGCCUUUCCAGUCCUUUAUUGGGAAUGAGGUGCUACCUCAAACAAAAUAAAAAUUGCAAGACUGUGCCUAAUUCCUCGUAUGACACUCAAUCAAUUUUUAUCAACUUGAAUGAACAUAUUUUUCCAGACAUCUCUGCUUUCAUAUAUUGUGUGUGACAUUUAAGCAGACAUUUCAGGAGCUCUGCUCUGUGGUUGCAACACCAUUAAAAGGAAGAAAUGUUUCCUUUUAAUUUGUGUUUUCAAUGUACAUAACUCCCAUAUUUAAUAGAAUAAUUGUGUAGUAGGUGGUCUGGGACUGCCUUGUAUUUAUGAUUUCUCAACUUCAUAUCCCUCUUUCUGCCUCCCAUUAUUUUCUCAUAUGUUAAGACACUUUCCAGGCAUACUGCAGUUGACUUUCGUCACACAAUCAACCAAGAUGUUGCCUAACAUUCUUAUCCAUAAUCCAUGCUGAGGCCUAAACUGAAGCCCUAUGUGCACCUUGCAUCAACCUCUCAAUGUAGACUUUUUGGCAUGAUGGUACACGUUUUUCUCAAGAUAAAUAUGGGAUACAUUUUGAUAUUGGCUGUAGAUAUACAGGCCAUGGUCAUCCUUAGGAGUAUUUUGUCAUAUGUCAGGAGUGAACAGACUCUGUAGAUGCAACAGCAUGGUGUAUAGAUGACCCUGUUAAAAAGCAGCACAUUACCUGCCCAGAGUCUAGAAUAAGGCCUUUUCUGAAUUGUGGUUGGUCGGACAGUACCAGAGUGGAAAGCCAAACAAGUUAAUUUCUGUUUAAUUCGAUUUUUUUGUUGUUGCCAUACUGUACUUCAAAACACAAAUAUACUGUAUCAUGCAUCAGUACUGUCUGAUACAGUUGCAUAGAAUAACGUGGACUCCAACGUGCUAAUCAUUUGUUCACAGAACCACGUUUCUCUCUACUCUGACUAGGCAUCCCUCUGUCCCUUUCCCCAUCAAGCAUGGAGAGAUGGCACUGUUGGAGUAUGCUCACCCAUUAAGUAGUACAUGUAGCUGGGUUAAAAUGUUACAUUCCUCGAUAUUCAUUUGGAAUCAUGAGAACACUUUCUGUUUGCAUGGGUAUACCACCAGUUUUGAAUAGAUUUCCUAUAUUAUUACCAAGGAAUGUGAUAUUACAGCAUUCAGGUAUGUGGUAACUUGGCCCACACAAACUGCAGAAGAGUUGUCUCUUCUGCUUUAGGUGGUUUUGAUCAAUCUGUUCCCUCUUUGUGCCCUUUCAGGGCGUCUCGUACACAAUCAGAGCGUUAUUCUGUAUGCCCGACUCUGGUUCCCUCCGCUUUUGUUUUCUCCAGAAUUCUUUCCGUUCAGUUCUGGCAGAACUUACAGAACACAGUUGGACACCGUCCAAUAAGAUUUCAAUGCUAUGUUUAUUUUGAGUGACAUGACGGUUCGGUGCACUAAAUGUCGUUGUAUAUGGCCACCAGGCUUAGGACCUCAUGCUGUCACAUCCUGUAUAAUGUAAAUACAAGUGUAUAUAAUUUUCUGUCCCCCUCUGUUCCCCUCCGCUCUGUGUUUCUCUUAGUCUCCCUGUUAGGGAGGCUGUUGCCUUCAUCUUCAGGAUGUGUGUGUGUGUGGUCAUUACUUUUAUUUUCACACAAAGUGCACUGUAAUCUAACUUCCAUUAUGUUUUCAUGGUAAUUGUUAUGGCUGAUUUGUAUUUGUUUCAACUAUUUGUUUGAUUUGAUCACUUUAAUCAAGUGUUUGUCACCUGUUUUGUAUGUACAGUACCAGUCAAAAAUGUGGACACCUACUUUAUUUGUACUAUUUUCUACAUUUUAGAAUAAUAGGGAAGACAUAAACUAUGAAAUAACACAUAUGGAAUCAUGUAGUAACCCAAAAAGUGUUAAACAAAUCAACAUAUUUUUUAGAUUCUUCAAAGUAGCCACCCUUUGCCUUGAUGACAGCAUUGGAGACUCUUGUCAUUCUCUCUACCAGCUUCAUGAGGAAGGCUUUUCCAACAGUUUUGAAGGAGUCCCCACAUAUUCUGAGCACUUGUUGGCUGCUUAUCCUUCACGCUGCGGUCCAACUCAUCCCAAACCAUCUCAAUUGGGUUGAGGUCGGGUGAUUGUGAAGGUCAUCUGAUGCAGCACUCAUCACACCUUUGUCAAAUAUCCCUUACACAGCCUGGAGGUGUGUUUUGGGUCAUUGUCCUGUUGAAAUACAAAUGAUAGUCCCACUAAGGGCAAACCAGAUUGGAUGGCAUAUCGCUGCAGAAUGCUGUGGUAGCCAUGCUGGUUAAAUGUGCCCAGAAUUCUAAAUAAAUCACUGACGAUGUCACCAGCAAAGCACCAUCACACCACCACCUCCAUGCUUUACGGUGGCAACCACACAUGCGGAGAUCAUCCGUUCACCUACUCUGCCAGCUCACAAAGACACGGCGGUUGGAACCAAAAUUCUCAAAUGUGGACUCGUCAGACCAAAGGACAGAUUUCCACCGGUCUAAUGUCCAUUGUCGUGUUUCAUGGCCCAAGCAAGUCUCUUAUUAUUAUUAGUGCCCUUCAGUAGUGGUUUCUUUGCAGCAAUUCAAACAUGAAGGCCUGGUUUGCGCAAUCUCCUCUGAACAGAUGUGUCUGUUACUUGAACUCUGUCAAGCAUUUAUUUGGGCUGCAAUUUCCGGAUUGACUGACUGUUUGUCUUUGCUUAUUUGAGCCGUUGUUACCAUGAUAUGUACUUGGUCUUUUACCAAAUAGGGCUCUUCUGUAUACCACCUCUACCUUGUCACAACACAACUGAUUGGCUCAAAUGCAUUAAGGAAAGAAAUUCCACAAAUUAACUUUUAAUAAGGCACACCUGUUAAUUGAAAUGCAUUCCAGGUGACUACCUCAUGGGGCAGCAGGUGGCAUAGUAGUUAGAACAUUGUGCCAGUAACCGAAAGGUUGCUAGAUCGAGUCCCCGAGCUGACAAGGUAAAAAUGUGUCGUUCUGCCCCUGAACAAGGCAGUUAAAUUGUUCCUAGGCCGGCAUUGUAAAUAAGAAUUUGUUCUUAACUGACUUGCCUGGUUAAAUAAAGGUAAAUUAAAAUGAAGCUGGUUGAGAGAAUGCAAAGUGUGUGCGAAGCUGUCAUCAAGGGUGGCUACUUUGAAGAAUCUAAAAUAUAUUUUGAUUAGUUUAACACUUUCUUUUUUUACUACAUGAUUCCAAAUCUGUUAUUUCAUAGUUUGGAUGUCUACAAUGUACAAUGUAGAAAAUUGUAUAGAAAAACCCUUGAAUGUGUCCUGACUUGUGACUGGUACAUCAGCUGAUGUUUUUUAUUUUUACUUUAUUUUUACGAUUUUGAAUAUGAAAAGGGUCAGAUCACUAGCUCUGCAGUCGCCCUACCCCCUUUGUCCAUGGGUUACCACGAUGUUCUGAUCGAAGCGCAAUGAUGAGCAGUACAUGUCAUAGACCAGCGAUUGAAUCACCUUUGUGUGAUUACAGACCUUUUGUAUUGCUGGAAUACAUUAGCUUGUGCACAAAAUACUGUGUAUAAUGAUAUGAACAUAGUAUGUAUGUAUGCCAGUGAGUUUACUGGUUACUGUACUGUUUGUACACUGGUGAGAUACUGUGUGAUAAGUGGAGAGAUUCAAUAUGUGGAUUUUCUUUUUUUUUGUAACCGUUGACAGAAUCUGCUCUUGGACCAUUUCUAUUGAUGUGGUAAUAGUGGGUGGGGUGGGGGGGUGCAGUGGGAACAGUUUUUUUUUUUUUGUAGCCCUGAUGCUCCUCUAGUUUUUAACAUUUCAAAUGUAUAGUUAAAGAUGGAGACCUAGAGGUGGGAAGGUGGAGGGUUUUAUUACUGUAGAGGAAAUUAUGUGAUUGUUAUAAAAUAAAAUAUGAAUUUGUUAUAUUGCUAUCCUAUGGAGCUCACUGUGCUUUGCUUGGGUUUAUGUCUCCUCUCCUCCCUAAUUCCCUCUCUUCUCAUUCCUCUCUAUCCAGAGGUGAUAUUACAACCUGUUCUAAUUUUUCUGAAUUUGUAAAGAUUUUUCAUUUGAAUUGUGACUUCGGCUUAAGUCUUAAUGUGGUUGACAGCGGGGUGCCUGCUGCUGUGGCCCCCCAUGCUGGCGCAGUCAUGGACAUAAACUAGAUUUCCCAUGAUUCCUGUAAUUUUUGCAGAUCAAAAAUUGCCCUCAUUUUCUCUUGUCUGUGUUAUCUGCUUCUACAGCUGGGUUACUGCUGCUCUGUGGCUGUUGUAAUAUAAAUACAAUACCUUUUACAGCUGGGUUACUGCUGCUCUGUGGCUGUUGUAAUAUAAAUACAAGACCUUCUACAGGAAAUUAAGAACUAUGAUGUGAAAUCAUUUCAAUCAAAAUAAACUGAAUAUGUUUCAAA